AUGAAGAACUCUGCCGGCGAUGGUGACAGGUCAAAAGUUGUGGAAGAAGGUCGUAAAAGUGAAGAUGACCAGGACUCCAAUGAGAUCAGGCCUUACAAAGUCAAAUACUUAGAUGAAGAAGGUGAAGAUGCAGAAGUGAUGGUCGAAGUGACUACACUGAGGAGGACCAGGCUUCAGUGUUUCAGGGACCAGUUGCAGAAUCCGUGGAUGACGUUUCGCUCCCUUCAGUUGGAAGGGCAGAAAGUUACAAAUUUAGGACCGAAUGCUAGAGUUAGGGAAGGAGCAUCUCGAAUGGCUGAUGUUUAG